AUGGGUGCCUUAAGUCAGGAUGAACCUAUUCCACCGACAUUGGAGGCCAAUGUGCUCUUGAUUCAAGACCAAACCCGCCAGCAAGACGACUAUCGCCAGGAUCCAGAGCCUAUUGUUGAUUCAGCAGGGUGGCUUCAGAACUCUCAGGGCAGAGAUGACUAUGUUGGGAGUGCUCAUUGGCUGGCGAUCCUGCAAGGCAUUCCUGCCUUGAGAAAUGUUCCUCAAAACAAUACCUUUCUCACCAACAACGAGGACGACCUAAACAGUAGAGCAGCAGAAGAAGAGCCCGACCUCCUCGGAUAUUGUGGCAAAGCCAGUAGAGAAGAUAUUCUCGGCGCCAUUCCUUCAAAGGGCUUCGUCGAUGCUUUGAUGGCCGUGUGCUUCGUCAACACAGAUAAUGAAGCAAUGCUUGUUCAUCCCCCAACGUUUCAAAAAGAGUACGACAGCUUCUGGGAGAAUCCGACGUCAGUGUCUACCAUGUGGAUUGGACUCUUGUUUGCACUGAUGUGUUUGGCCGUGCAGUAUCAGCAAUUCUCAUCGAAUGAGGAGCGGCGACGGCAAAUCGCAGAGGCUCAACCGGAACACCUGGUCCGACUAUAUCGUCAGAAAACCAUCCAGUGUCUGGUUCAGGGUAAAUACUGCCAAGGUCCACGAUAUGCAGUGGAAACCAUGUUGCUCUAUUUAUUCAUCGAGACAUUGAGGGAAGGAGAGACCAAGAGCCUGCAGGGCCCGUGGGUGCUAUGGGGAAGUCUUGUUCGCAUUGCUUUCCGAGCCGGCUAUCAUCGUGACGGAUCCCAUUGGCCGACAAUGUCCUGCUUCGAAGCUGAGAGGCGCCGCAGAGUCUGGAACAUGCUUGUCGGGUGGGACAUGUAUCUCUCUAUCCAGUUCGGAUUGCCGCGCAUGAUUAAUAUUUCGCUCUGCGACACUGCGGAUCCCAGGAAUCUGUUUGAGGAUGACCUUGACGAGGAUAUGCUCGAACUACCCCCUUCUAGGCCAGAGUCUUCACGAACCAUAGGGCAGUUCCACGUUGCCAAAAAUCAGCUCCUCAACAUCUUCGGGAUGGUCAAUGAUCUUACCAUGUCGGUCAAGCCAUCUCCGUAUACCGAAGUCUUAAGACUGGACAAGGUGCUUACCAGUGCUUACGAGUCGAUUAUCCCCGUUUGGAAAUCUGACCCACAGGCACAAGACCUCCCAUCGCUCUCACAAGCCCCUGCCACCGUCAGUGUGCGUUGCACUUUUCUCUCCUUUAUCUACCACAGAGCGCAGAUUGUUUUGCAUCGCAAAUACAUGUCCCUGGGCAGAAACCAGGAACGAUAUGCACACUCACGCAAGGUAUGCAUCGAAGCUGCCCUCGCCAUACUUCGACAUCAGUGGGCCUUGUAUCUUGAGACUCGAAUCGGUGGUCAGCUGUGUCGUCAUGGUUGGAAAUUCCUGUCGCUACUUGUGCAAGACUUCCUAUUUGCAACCGCCAUACUCUGUGCCGAGCUCGGGGAAGAGAUUUCUCUGGCUAGUCCAAGUGCUGCCGUCGAUGUGCAGGCGUCAAGUGCUGGCUGGAACGGCGGUGGCGAUACAGACUUGCGCGAUGCUGUGUUUCAUGCCCUCAGCUCAUCUUACAUUGUGUGGCUGCAAUUAGACGGCUCGGAUUCAUCGCAAGAAAUCAAGACCGUGGUAGGAGCACUCCGGCAUCUGCUGGGUAGGGCGCAGGCAAUUGGAUCUUGCCAGUCGAGGAUGAGGGGCUCGAGACCGUCAACUUCUCUAGCCGGGACAGACCGAGGGAUUGAUGAGUUGGGACAUACGCAGUCGCAGCAACGGGUAGGCUAUGGUCUUGAAAUAGACAAGCCUACAAGUGUUGAUGUUUAUUGGGGGCUUGGACACUUUCCCAUAUGA